UGUGGUAGGUUGUGGGCCCUGUAUAGCAUCUUCUGUUCACCAGCUUCGAGGUUCUGGCCUGUGUACUUAUAGAUGGUGUCAGUGGGCUGUAACUUGUGUAGCAACUCCAUGCCUUACCUUGAAGAUCGUUAACCGUUUCGCCUGCGGGUUCCUUUAUUGCAGUUCGUUUCGGAACAUUCUCGGCGUAGACUCAGACCAAGUAUUCAAUUCUUUAUCCCUGCGUAUACCCAAACUUGUGUUCAGAGGAUCUUAGAUGCAAAGUUUGGCGGGAGCCACCGCAAGGUACGUCGAUUUUUAUAAAUUAUCUGUACAACCUUGUCUCGCCACGAGAAUAUGGCGUAACAGGAGUGUCAGCAAGUUCUUAGAGUGGCGCGUUCACUCUAAGAAUCCUGAGUGCCUGAAGUUGCUGUUCUCUAGCAUUCCACUGCUUUACCAAUGACAUCAAGCGUAUGAUGCGGAUUCGCGACAGACAUUAAGUCUAAGUUGUGUCGUCAGAACUUACGAACGUCGAAUUGAUUCUGCACUCCUUGAUUUAAGGUGGUGGACGAAGGAUAUGGUGGUAGUAGUCACUGGCGCCAACAAAGGGAUUGGUUUCGAACUAACGCGCCAGCUUGCGAAAAAAGGUCUUACCACUGUGUUGACGUCGAGAGAUGAAGAGCGAGGGAAGGAGGCUGUGGAGGUCCUGAAACGGGAAGGCCUGGAUGUUGCUCAUCACCCUCUCGAUGUUCAGAGCGAAGAUUCUGCUCGCAAAUUUGCGGACUGGAUAAAAUAUACUUACGGAGGCCUUGACAUUCUGGUCAACAACGCUGGAGUAGCUAAAAGAGCCGUGAACGUUGAGAAUGUGGACCUGGUGAUGCAAACGAACUACUUCGGUGUCAAGAACGUGACGCAAGCUUUGUUGCCUCUGUUUCGGCCUAGCUCUGCUGGGAGCCGUGUUGUUAUAGUCGCAUCUCGAUUGGGCUUGCUUAGGCUCUUGAACAACAAAUAUCGUCAAGAACUAGCCGACCGGGAGCACCUGACUGAAGAAAAGCUGGACGACUUCGUGAAGGCGUACAGGGACGAUGUUGUGAAUGGGACAUGGGAGAAGGGGGGAUGGGCGGAGAGAAACACAACGUAUAACGUGACCAAAGUGGCGGUGAAUGGGUAUGUGACGGUACUGGAUCGUGCCUUGCGAGAACGACCGGAAGGGGCGAAGAUAUAUGUCAACAGCUUCUGCCCGGGGUUCACGAAGACAGACAUGACGGAGGGCAAAGGCAGUGAAGACAUCGAAGGAGCUGUACAGACUGGACUCUUGCUGGCCCUGCACUCUCCUGGCGGCCCCUCCGGAAAGUUUUGGGCUAGUGGCCAAGAGGUUGGAUGGGAUUAGAACACACAUCUAUACCUGUUCAUGAAUAUGCCACCGGCUAAGCUAUGCUAUGCCAUUCAUGUUGACUUAUGGACCUGGUCUUUUUAUCAUUGUUUUUUAGGUUGUGACUGUAACAAAGAUGGGAAUUUUACACUGUUUUGCUUAGUUUGUUGUUGGUCUACUCCCUCAGGAACCCUUGUGUAGUACAUCCCUAAGAUGAUAGAAAGCUGCUGUACCCAUCUCAGUUGUAAGAAACUUUAUUGUUUGUCCUCCAGGUGGUCAGGAAGUAGGGGUCCCAAACAUAGUCUCCUUGUUUUGAACUAUCCAGAAAACAGAGUUUACAUGUGCAGGCAUGAUCAGCAUGGCUUCAGCAAUUCGGUACAACAUGGUCUGAGAAGCUUAGGGUGGUCAUAGGGUGGUGGCUAGAGAAGCAUUCAAAAUUAGGAAGAGAAGCACAUUCAACCUGCAAAGUUAGUAAUUCUUCCAUUUUGCUGUCUAAACCAUCUUAGACAGGACCCUCCAUGGCCUGACGAUUGCAGAGCAAUAGGUCCUUGUUUACUGUUUACUGGUGGAGUUUACUAUCCAAUGUAACAUUUGACAAUAGUGGGACAGACAAGAUUCUGUUUUAACAGUAACUCUGUUUGGUUCCUUACCACUAAGUCUGUAGAGUUCUACAAUUUAUUGUGCUUUUUAA